ACGCACCUUCAUUCAAGAUCAAAAUUACACAUGGAAUGGUUCGCACGUAAUUUGGGCAAAACAACUCCCCUUUAGCUUUUUUCACGAACGAAGAUCAGAGGGAGACAGAGUAUAAACUUUGUUCCUUGGCUCUUCGAGGAAUUUUCUACCCGACUACAAGCUUUUCAUGGUUGCUUUUGAUUUUUUCGCGGGAUGCCUUGGAGGAUUAGCUGGAGUUGUAGUUGGGCAUCCUUUCGACACAGUAAAAGUUCGCCUUCAGACACAGGCUACUCGACACUACACAGGGGUGACCAACUGCUUCAUUCAGAUCGUCAAGAAAGAAGGACCUCUGGGACUGUUCAAAGGAAUGGCCUCCCCUCUGGCUGGCCUAGGUCUUAUAAAUGCUAUUAUUUUUGGUGUCCAAGGUGAAGCUAUCCGAAGAUUUAACUUGAGUGGAUUAAAGGGUGAAUGUAUAGCUGGUGGCUUGGCUGGAGCUGUGCAAUCAUUUGUUUGUUGUCCUAUGGAACUAGCAAAGACAAGAGUUCAAGUGCAGGGCAUCAGAACUAAGUGCAAUCACAUAUUUUUUCAUACACUUCAAGAAAAGAGUGUUUUACAAUACCAUGGAUCUCUUCAUUGCAUUAAAAAAGUUUAUCAAUCAGAAGGACUUCGUGGAUGCUUUAGAGGAAUGAGUGUCACUUUACUCAGAGACGCCCCAGCAUUUACAUCAUAUUUUGGAUCUUUUUACUUAUUGUGUCAUUGGUUAACUCCUGAGGGAAGUUCUGUAAAUGAGCUGAGUCCAAUGAGACUGUUAAUGGCUGGUGGACUAGGGGGAACCUUCUCAUGGAUUUUUACUUAUCCAAUUGACGUUAUAAAAUCAAGGUAUCAGGCUGAUGGGGUUGGACCAAAACCAAAUUACAACGGUAUUCUAGACUGUGUUAAGAAAACUUAUGCUAAUGAAGGAAUAGCAGGAUUUAUGAGAGGAAUGACUGCUACUAUUCUUAGAGCUUUUCCUGUUAAUGCAGCAACUCUGACAGUUGUGACUAUUACAUUACGAUUUGCAAGGGAUCUGCAUGAUCAGCCACGACUUGAAGCUGCUUAAUUGAGCUGCUGAAGAUUGCUUUAAAGAAGGCAAGUCUGGAUGAUGUACCUGGUUUGUGCAUAAAAUGAGAAUAAAAUAUAUAAGAAUGGUCAAUUUGGGCUGACAAUGUCUACAAUCGUAUCUCAUGGUCUUUCAAUGACAUUUCAAUGGAAUCGAAUCAAAGUAGUAGCUGUAAGCGAUAACAUAUUUUAUUGCAUGGUAAAAAUUAAAUUAACAAUAUCCUUUUAAACUAAUGUCAAAGUUCCAUUAGUAAUGUUAUUUAUUGCUUCUUAUUUUUAUAUAUAUAUUGGUGAGUAGUAGUAUAUACACAUAGUUAUUAAUAUGUGGUUACUAAUAUGUUGUUUGUAGGCAAGAUGGAGAUAAUUUCUUAGUAAAAUAUUAUAGGUGAAUAUAUAUAGUGUAGUUCCAGAAAUGGAGUCUGAGACAUAUUUAUGUAAUAUUUCAAACACGCAAGAGAAUUUUUCCUCUGAUUUCCAAACGCUGAAAAGCCGAGGUGACUUUGAGGUGUAUGGAAAUCGGAGAAAGAACUCUCUCAAAUUGCUUCAAAUUACUUCUCAAACUCAUGAAUAUUUCUUGGAGAAAAUCAAAGAAAAAAUUUACGAAAUUUAAUGCAAAUUAAGAACACAUUUCCAAACCACCGUCACAGUAGUGAUUUGCUUUGUUUUCUCCUCAUUAAAUAUUCUUGAGUUUUAGAACUUUAUUUCAUAUUAUAGAUAUAUAUAUUUUUUGUAGACUACGAAUAUAAGGAAAGAAAUUAAAAGAAAUGAUGCAAGCGUUUUCUGCACUUUUAUGAAGAUGUAAAUAUUUUCCAACUUUCAAGAGAAAAAACUAUAUUGUUAGAUAUCAUUGAACAAACAGGUGGACUAUUACAAAAAUCCAUAAUUAUUCUGAUUUGGCUAGACCUAUGCUAAAGUACUAUAGGUCUAUUCUUGUUAGCCCAUGAAGUAGCUAUAUCCAGGUUUUAAAAUAGCAGCUAGUCAGUCAAGAUGAUAUGAACAGCCAACUUAGCUUUAGCUAUUAAUAUAGUAUAUAUAUAGUGAUAUAUUGUUUCUCUGGCUCAUGGUUGCAAGUCAAAUGAGCUGUGAGGCAACUUUGAUUUGAACUGAUGACAAGUUCUGAUUUUGGCUUUGCAUUGUCCGAUAACUGGCCGUUAAUGGUAUAUUAGGCCCUGUAGUAGAGAGUAUUGUUAGCUAUUAAUUUUUCCAAAGUUUUUGAAGACUGUCAUUUAUYAUAUAGUAGGUAGAAUAAUUAGUAAGGAAAUGGCAUGAUCUCGAGUACCAUGUGGAAUUUAUAGAUACGAGAGAGUGAUGUUUUGAAAGUUUUCAAAAAAUUGGACAAGCCAGGCUUUAGAUGAGUUAAAUUUGAGAACUUUCCAAACAUCACGAGUAUCUAUAAAUUCCAAAUUGUACAAGAAGAUUGUGUGAUCUUUUGUUUAUAAUACACUCAACAAAAUUGAGCAACUUAAUUGGGACUCUACAGAGUACAAUUUGGAAUUUAAUUGUACUCCACUUGCGCAAUCAAAAUGAAGUAAUUUUGUAGAGUGUAUCAAGAAUUAAGAACUCUGCUGCUGACAAUCCAAACAUUAUAAAAUUGGGUCUUAUUACUACGGAUCUCACCAAACUGUGGCGACACGCCAAAAAUUUGUCUCGCUACCACACCCUAAUUCGUCUACUGACACGCCUACUUUUGUUACAUGUAUUACGGUGAAUACCUUACUGGCAAUGUGCUAGAUCCGAGACAGUGACAAAAGUAGGUGUGUUAGUGGACCAAAUUAGCAAGACAAAUUUUCGAUGUGUCGUUACAGUUCGGUGAGAUCCAUACUAUGUACAUGAUAUUAUAGGAAAUAACAAUAUUACCAUAAUUAAUCAUACUAAGCAAAGAUAUAAGCAGGACCACUUGGAGAAAAUUAACCAAUCACAACAUAGAGUGAAAACAAAGGAACUAAACUUAAGUCAAACUUGAACCAAUCAGGAGCAGGCAAUCAAGCCUAGAUCUGAUUAUAUAUCUGAGAAAAAACUUGGAUAUUAUCAAGGAUAGUAGGAAUGAAAGGGAUGGGACGUGGGAUGUGGGCAGUAUGAUACACAUUUUGCUCUCUCCUAAAUGGCUAAAGUCUUUUUUAAAAAUUUUGUUCAAGUGGUCCUGGUUAGUGUAAUUAUAACAAAUUUUAAAAAUAAUUAUAAUAUGAUCACACUUGUAUAUACAUAAUCAAUAUGUUCAUUGGUUUAAAACUAAGCAGCUUCAAAAAGCUUAAUAAAAUACUGGUAUUGACUAUGA